AGUUUUUCCAGCAUUUUCUGUUUUUAUUUAUGUUCUAUAAGUCGGACUUGUUCUGUACCUUCUCCUCCUCCCUGCUGCCUAACCGGCCACAAGAGUCACCACCUUUGCCGCUCUGCUCCAGCCAUGGAGAGACGGGUGGAGAAUGAAGCCCAGGAGCCCGGGAGCGCGCGCGGGAGCCCAGGUGCCCGGGGGCGCGCGCGGCCCAGGUGCCCGGGAGCGCGCGCCGGAGCCGAGGCACGGCGCGCCGCCGCGGAUCACCAACGGCCGUGCUUUGCGACAGUACCGCGCAGACGCUGGACUCCUGGGUGAAGCGGGUGGUUUGCGGCAGUUCCUGCGGCCUACUCGCCCGCCGCUGAAUUGACUCGGAUGGUGGAUGUUUUGGGCCGGUGAAGGCGGCGGGCUUUCCUGCCCCUGGUGACCAUGACGCUGGCUCCCAAGGAGCUGAGCAGCCUGAUCGGCAUCAUCUGCGAGGAGGCGACGAGCAACACCUUCGAGGGCCUGUCCACCGCCUUCCACCAUUACUUCGGCAAGCACGACCACUUCCGCCUGGGCUCCACGCUCGUUAUGUUGCUGCAACAGCCCGACCUGCUGCCCAGUCCGCAGCAGCGCCUCACCGCCCUCUACCUACUCUGGGAGAUGUAUCGCACCGAGCCGCUGGCCGCCAACCCGUUCGCCGCUGUCUUCGCGCACCUGCUGAACGCGGGCCCGGCGGCCGAGGAGCAGGAUAGGCCGCUGCUCGGAUUUUUACCACCUAUUACACCUCCAGAGAAGUUUUUCUUAUCUCAGUUAAUGCUGGCUCCUCCAAGAGAACUGUUUAAGAAGACUCCCCGUCAGAUUGCAUGUAUGGAUGUCGGUAACAUGCCUCAGUCUGUUGACAUCAGUGGUUUGCAACUAGCCUUAGCAGAGCGCCAGUCUGAAUUACCAACACAGAGCAAAGCCAGUUUUCCAAGCAUACUCCCUGAUCCUGAUCCCGACUCUUCUAACUCUGGAUUUGACAGUUCUGUAGCAACUCAAAUCAUAGAGGCUUUAGUGAGUGGACCAAGACCACCAAUAGAAAGUCACUUUCGGCCAGAGUUUAUUCGGCCUGCUCCUCCACUUCAUGUAUGUGAAGAUGAGCUAGCUUGGUUAAACCCAACAGAACCUGAUCAUACAAUUCAAUGGGAUAAAACCAUGUGUGUUAAAAACAGCACUGGGGUGGAAAUUAAGCGCAUCAUGGCAAAGGCUUUCAAGAGUCCUUUAUCUGCACAGCAACAAACACAGCUCCUUGGUGAAUUAGAAAAAGAUCCAAAGCUAGUUUACCACAUUGGACUGACUCCUGUCAAGCUGCCUGAUCUGGUAGAAAAUAACCCUUUGGUGGCAAUAGAGAUGUUACUGAAGCUGAUGCAGUCAAGCCAGAUUACAGAAUAUUUCUCCGUACUUGUAAAUAUGGAUAUGUCUCUUCAUUCAAUGGAAGUUGUAAAUAGGCUAACUACAGCUGUAGAUCUUCCUCCAGAAUUUAUUCACCUCUAUAUUUCAAACUGUAUUUCCACUUGUGAACAAAUCAAGGAUAAAUACAUGCAGAACCGCUUGGUGCGCCUUGUAUGCGUCUUCCUCCAGUCUUUAAUCAGAAACAAAAUAAUCAACGUCCAGGACUUGUUCAUUGAAGUGCAGGCCUUCUGCAUUGAGUUUAGCCGAAUACGAGAAGCAGCUGGCCUAUUUAGGUUACUGAAAACGCUGGAUACUGGAGAAAAUCCUCCAGAAGCAAAAUCAUCAAAAUAAAGGAAGGCAAGAUUCACAACUUAAGAUGGGAAUGCAUUGGAAACUUUUCUGUGAUUUCAGUGCACAACUGGAAAAAUAACUAGUUUUGUUUCAAAACCGUAAGGCUUUCUUAACCAGCAAGUUUGCCCAAAUGGGACCUGAUUUAUUUUCUUGUUAUACAAGUAUACAAACUGAUACUGAUUAGCAUCCUGGUCACAUUUUGGGAGGGUAGAGUUAUAUAGCAAUGAACAUCUUUUUGCUGACUGCUAUUUAAUUUGGGGUAGGAUGUACUUUCUUUAAAAGAAUACAACCAGUUUAUUUCAUUUCUUAACACCAUAUGUAUAAACAUGGUGCAGAUUAUCACAUUUACCUAACGACAGAAAGUUCAUAAAGUAAAAGAUGUGAACAAUGUUUAAAUUGAAACUUCAUGGAUAUUGAUUACAAAAGUUUUAUUUAAAUUAAAAUGCUGAAAUAUGAAGCACAAUAUACUUGGUUAUUGAUAUUUGUAUUGAGGGAUAGAAAUUGCUAAUCUAAUUUUUAGUGCUCCCUGAUGCAUUGCUCAUGUUUUUGUAGGCACAUCACCUGACAGCUGGGUUGCCAGCAACUGCAUUCACAUUAGUUACAGGAGAUGGGAAAGUGCAAAUCAUAUUUAUUGGUGGCUUUUGGAAACAUUAUGCUUGUAUUUUAAUUAUUUUAGGAUCUGGGCAUCACUGAUAAGGUUAGCAUUUAUUACUUGUCGAUAAUUGGCCUUAUGGUGCUGAUGAGCCUCCUGGUGAAUGGGACUUGGACAAGGCAUUUGAGUGGUAGUGUUUCCUUGCACUUAUUGUCCCACAUGUAAUAGAGAUCAUGGGUUUUAGUUGUUGGAAUGGCCUAGGUUUGAAAAUAUACAGGCAACCCCACAUUACAACCAAUUGGGUAACAAAUUUCACCCUUACAGAAUCUGCAAAUCACUAUCCAAAAAUUUGAGAUGCAGAAUAAAAUUCACCCUUAUGGAACUUUUUCUGACACUCUGCAUAGUGGGGAUCCAUAGUAGCCAUGAUCAGCUCCGUAAGUUAUCCCUUGCCCUUUACUCCACCUCCACUAAGUCACUGAGCUUUAACCCAUUACUUCCCUGAACUCCUACACCACCUUUCUUCCAUGAAUCCUGAUCCUCAAAUUCCAUCCCUUUCCCUGAUAAAACCACUUCCUUAAUCCUCUCCUAAUCCACGAGCCUUGUGUGUCGGAGAAAAUGCCUUGCAGAUGAAGAGUGUGGUAGUGCUGCACUCUGAGACAUCUGUUCACAUGUCCUCGGACUGGAGAGGCCAGGGUAGAGGAGGGCCUUGGCUGUGACUGCCAACCCAAUCAACAUGGUUAUGUCAUAUCCAAAUCUUGUUGCCCAACAGUAUGUGACUAAAAGCAAAAAAAAGAUAAAAUCUGUUGUUUCUUUUACACAAGCUUUGACCAUCACCUGAGUCUAAUGUUAGCCUUCCCUACUCUGUACUAUUGUAAGGUGGCCUGAUGCAAGCUUGAGGAACAGCAGCUCAUCUUCCUACUGGACUUGAUAUUGAGUUCAACAGCUUCAGUUAAUUUGAUUUCUGUCUGUAUCUCUCAUGCAUCUGUGACACUAGCUCAGUUUUUGUUUCUAUUUAUGCCUCUGGGAAUUGAGGGCAAUGCCAACUGACUAUACCUUCCUCUUUUGCACCCCCUACGUUUCUCUACUGCUCCGAUUCACUCAUUCACCAGAAUACCUUUUUGCAGCGUAUCCCAUGAUCGCCCUGCUUUUACUCUGAGCCAUCCCCCUUCUACCACCAUCCCUGCAGCCUUAACAAGCUUCUUCUGUCUCCAUCCCAGUUCUGCUGAAGGGUCUUCUACCUGAAAAGUUAACUCUUGUUUCUCAUCCCACAGAGGCCUGACCUGCUGAGUAUAUCCAGUAUUUUCAGUUUUUUUGGAUUUCCUGCAUUUGUAGCUUUUAUUUUAACAAAGGUAAUGUUCAAGUAUAGUACCUGAUUAAAUGCACAGUUAAAAAUAAUUCACUAUUACCAAGCAGUUAAUUGUCCAUGUUUUUCCUAACUUU